UUCGGUGGAAAACCGGGUACCCCCGUCAAAGCGACAAAGGUCGGUGGAGGAAAAACUUCCUGCACCCAAGAGAGUCCGGCCACACUCCUGGAUGGGCAGACCUAGCUUUGCCGAGGUCGCGAAGGACCGAAUCCUCAUAGGGGUUUUGGACCGAGGCAACGAGCUAGGGUCCAUACCGAAGGACCAGUGGAGGUGGGUGAAGGCAGCCUUGGCGAACGUCAUUUUUGAUGUUCUGCUGGAGAACCCCGGAACCCCUCCAGCUUGCAAAGACGCUGGUUGGUACCAGGGCACGUACAAGAUAUGCCCUGUCUAUCCAGGGGCUAGGUUGGAGGUUGUAGACUGGAAGGACAUUCCAGUCAGACCAAGAGCAAGGGCUUGGGUACCGACGACACCUUCGGCACCUAAGAGCAUUCUAAAUGUGCUUCAGAUGAUGAACCCAGCCCUUCCGACAAGUGAUUGGAGGGUCAUCCGAGUCGAGGACGCUGAUGGCCCUUCAAGACAGCGCGCCUCCAGUUCGGGUGCAGCAAUGGACAUGGACAUUGAGGCACCCGAACCGGAGCCGGAACCGGAGCUCUCCGACGCUGAAAGCAAUGACUCCUCUCAAUCAAACUACGCAUCGACAAUGCGCAGGGUGUUUGAGGAGGAAGAACUGCUGUACAGCGACGGGGAGUGCGAGGCUGACGUAACCGUCGUAGCGAUGGAUACUCCAUACGAGAGUACUGCAAAUCAAUCUCCACAUAUCUAA